AUGUGCCACCCUACCAUCCUUUGGUACGGGUGCGACCACCUCACCCUCACCCAGCUCAAAUGUCCUCUCGACGUCCUCAACAUGGAGCACACUUUUGACGAACUUACUCUCGCUUGCUCAGGCGACGCCUGCUGCCUCUGCGCCCUCCCCGCGAUCCGCAAUAUCCAAGAGCUCAGAAACAACUGGCUCUCUGGCUCGAAGGUUGCCAAGUUUUUCAAAAUUGAAGCUGACGAUGCAAACAUGGAGGAUUUCAUUACUCUGUUUUUCGAGAUGGGACAUCAUGUACAGUGCGAGGAGCAUGCUGCUUUGAGACUCGAUGGUGCUACUGCUUCUCGUUCUCCUCCUGCUUCUGAGUCGGGUACCCCUGCUCCAGAGCCUGCUGUUGAGCCUACCCAGGUUCCGUCGCCUCGUUCUCCUGUUGCAAAGCAGAGCAAGCGUAGUCGUCCUGCUUCUCAAAACAAACAACCUCAAAACACCCAGAAAAACAAAGCUUCGACUUCAAAUCAGUCUAAGACUACGACCACGGCUCAGUCUCAGUCUCAGGCUCAGGUCGCUCAGAAGCCUCCUACUUCUCAACCUACAUCCGCGAUCCAGCCCCAGCCCAUGGCUACGGCUCCAGUCCCAGCUCAGACUUACGCUCAAGCUCAGCGCCCUGUUCCCCCUCAGCCUACACCCGCGUUGCAACCCGUUCCCACGCCCCAAAGCUUUCCUCAACAGUCCUUCCCUACUCCUAUCUCUCCCCAGCUACUCAAAACCGAAGAAGACGCCUUCCUAGCCGAAACGUUUCUUCAGUGGAAACACGAGUUGGAUCUCGCCGGUGGCAACUUUACAGACGUCGAUUUCGAAGACAUCCAGGCUUACAUCGAGUUGGAGGAAAGUUUUGGUACCAAGCACGGAAACCAGGGGCCAAUCCAAGGUUUGACUAGCGCUGGUUUUGCUUUCGAUGCAGAGCUGCAACAAGUUUCGCAGCCUCCAAUUGUCCAGCACAAUGUCCGGGCUCAGGCUGGUCGCGUUCAGAAUCCUGCUCAUGCUCGUGUUGCUUUUGAUGCCGCCGUCCAGCAGCAGCAGCAGCAGCCGCGCCCUAUCCAGCGGCAGGCUCAAAGGCCUGUCAAUCCCAACUCCCACGCCCAGCAACCACAGCAAAACACCAUUCCUGUCCACCACGCUACUCAGAAUCCUCCCAGCGUGAACGUCAACGCCCAACUCCCACUGCAGAGAGUUCGGGUUCAGCAUGCUGCUGAUUCCAGCGUCCACACCCAUCCAGUUCAGCCUACUGCUCAGAAGCCCGUCAACGUGAGCACUCACGCUCAACUUCCACUUCAGGGCACCCCAGUCCAGCAUACUGUUGAUCCCAGUGGCCACGCCCACUCACAGCAUCCUAUUCAGAAACCUGCCUACGUGAAUGCCCACGCUCAGUGCCCACAGCAGCCGAACGCUCCAAUCCAAAACACCGCUCCCCAGCAAGUCCACAGUACUCCAGCUCACCCCGACCAAGCUACUCCCUACGACGGUACAAACUGGGGCGGCAAAGGCGUCUAUCUCCCUGACAAAAACGUCUACUUUGCCGGCGACAAGCCUCAUUCUCCGAAUCCCGAUGCUCAGCCUUGCACUCCUCUUCCUGAAUUGAACACUACUUUUGCUCUUUCCGAGAGCGAUUCCUUGGUUUUGAAGGAGCAUCUUGAUGAGCAGGCAUCGUUCUUGGAAUUUACGAACAUCGAUGAGCUCUGCAAUGAGUCUGGUGAUGCCAUGAUGCUGGAUGUGUCUGCGUCUUCGGAGCAGUACGCUGCGACCAUUCAGGGUAGCCAGGGACAAACCGUGCACCAGCCCAUCGAUCCUCGGUUGUUGAACCAAUACGGUAACCAGGUUGCCUACAAUUGUUCCCAGGCCAGCGGCUCGGGACGAAGCACUCCGUCUCACUUGAACAUGAACAUGGACACUCAACAACCUGUCGUGCAUCAGUUCGUUCAGCAACCCGCUCAAAUUGUAUUCCACCAAAACGACACUAAUGCCGUGGCUCAACUUUCUUCUGAAGAAACGCACCAAAUUGCCACCGCGACCAAGCCGAAGCGCAAGGGUCGUGGUAGACCCAGGAAAGCUCAAACGGCUUCUGUCAAAAUUGUUGACAACGGAAAUGGCACCACCAGCCCCAGCAACGGAAACUCGAGCACCGCCAGCACUACCAGUACCACUGCUACGUCUACUGCUACUACGAUCACCGCGGCCGCAGCUAAUGACCCAACUCAUGGCAUCUCCAAAGCCACCGCCGCUACCUCCCGCAUAACCAAACAAUCCACCACAACCCCUCCCUGCCUAUCCGCAACAGCAACCAGACCUCGCUCGCGCUCAAACAGCAACACCAGAACCAACACAGCCACAUCCACCACAAAAGGCAAAGGACGAGGCCGCACCACCAAGAAGAAAGAAAACAACGAGCCCAAAGGCACCCUGGUUACCAUUGAGAGACCUCCUGCCGAUAACACGGCUGAUCCGACGGAGGAUUAUAUACAGAGGUAUAGUAACCCGGUGGCGAUGUUGUCUCCUUGUUCGAAUUAA